AAUGUGAAUGCUGCACCCACAUGACUAAUACUGGCUUCCUCUAGCAGAGCGGCUGCUGCUGCGCCUGCUGCAGAGUGACUGAACCUGGGGGAGGGGGAGCGAGGCGGCUGUUCCUGACAGCCACAGAGGAGAGGAAAGUGGUGAGAAGAAGGAAGAGGAGCACAAGUGAGAGAGCCAUACUGUGCCGAAAGGAGCCAGGUCCAGCUGGAGCCAGGUGAUGGACGGAGGAACCAUCUGGCAGGCAGGGUGAUGCUGUUGUUCCUGCUCCACAGGACAUUGCUCGUUCCCUCUCCUAUCCGGCAGGCCCAUUGGAAUGAUUUGAGAUGAAGAGUGUACCAGCAUUCUGGACGACCAGCCCUCCUCUGCAAACUUCAGCCCCGUUUGGCUCUGCUUGGACCAAGUUAAAUGUUCGGGGGAUUUCCGCCUGGCUCGGUUCACAUGGUUGUGCAGAUCCAAGGCAGUGUCUUCUAAUGGGUGGAACAGAUGAAUCAGAGACCACAUGCAGGACAUGCAGAUCUGAAGCUGGCACAGCUGUGUUCUGAUCUUCAGUCCCUAAUUUAUCCAAGGGCUGGAAGCCCUUCUCACCUCAACAAAUUUCGCUGCCUCUGUAUUGAACCCUCUGGCUUGGACCCCAUUAGUCUGGCCUGAUCACUGAGAGCAGCUGCUGAUCCCAGAGCUUCUGUGGAAGCAGGAUCCCUAGGGUGGACUUACCUUUGGGGACAACUUUCAGUCCAUGCCUGACUAGCUCAGAGAAUGACAGCAGCAAGUUGGUAUCACCGGGAUAUCAGUCGUGUUGUGGCUGAGGAUUUGUUGGCCAAAGCUGGGAAGGAUGGGUGCUUCCUGGUGCGAGACAGCGAGUCCGUGUCUGGGGCGUACGCCCUUUGCCUGCUGUUCCAGAGGCACGUGCACACCUAUAGGAUCCUGCCCGAUGAGGAGGGGCUGCUAUCCGUGCAGACCAUCCAGGGCAUCCAGGCCAAAUGCUUCCGCACCCUGACUGAUCUAAUAGGGGCCUACCAACAACCCAACAAUGGUCUGGUGAUCCCACUGCUCUAUCCUGUGAACAGAGCAAGAGAGCCAGUGGAGGAGGACUCUGAUGGUGAAGAUGGCAGAGCCAGCCACCCUCCAAGCCUGGUGCCUCACAGUGGGAUCAUCGCGGGCAGCACCAGUGGGUGGGUUACUGCUCAGCCAAACAAGGCCCAGAUAUCUCAGCAGCUGCAGCUGAGGCUGCAGGAGCAGGUUCACAGCAGCCCGGCCAGCGAUUUCAUGGGAUUCAUGGCCGACUACCUCAGUCACCACUUACAGCUUGACCUGGAGGCCCUGAGGAAUGGGAACCUGCAGCUGAGACACCUGAGCACAGCCUUAGUGACCGCCUGCCGUGGGCUGCACAGUGAGAUUGACUUCACGCUGGCUGGUUUAGAGACUCUGGCCAAAGUGUUUGACCCUCCGGCUUCCCCUCGGAGCCCCGUAAGAGAGCAGGGUCUCCUGGCCAGCGAUCCAGACCUUGAAUUGCUCCUCAGCAAGAUCGCCACUGUCAAUCACCUGCUCUCCUCUCUAGAGAAAAAGGUGCUGAAGACACUGCAGGAGACAGUGAUCAAGCACAAACUGGCUCUUCCCAGUAUGGCUGCGGUGCACCCACCUGCUGCCAAGCCCAUGGCUGUGCAGAGCUUUGAGGUGAAAGUGGGCAAAACACAGAGGGCUUCUCUGACAGUGGACGUGGAGUCUGGGACAAUGGCUAUCACAAAGAGGGGCUGCAGCUCUCCAGAGGAGACCAUCUCUCAGGACAAAAUCUUGCAGCUGAUUAAAUACCAGAGCAUGCAGAGCAAAGUGAGGCUGGUGUAUGACAGAGACCAACACAGAAGCCUGACCAGGGACUUCAUCUUCCAGAACGCACGGAAGCGAGAGGCCUUUUGUCAACUGCUGCAGCUCAUGAAGAUCCAGCAUUCCAACCUGGAUGAGCCAGACCUCAUUUCUGUGUACGUUGGGACAUGGAACAUGGGCAGCGCUCCACCUCCCAGGUCCAUGGCUUCAUGGCUGACAUCGAGGGGGUUGGGACAGACUCAGGAUGAGACCACAGCUGGCAUCCCACAUGACAUCUAUGUUAUUGGCACCCAGGAGAACUCGCUGGGGGACCGCGAAUGGGUGGAGUUCCUGCGAGCCUCUCUGAAGACCUUGAUGUCCAUAGAUUUCCGAGUGGUUGCCUUACAGUGCCUCUGGAGCAUCAAGAUUGUGGUGCUGGUAAAACCAGAGCACGAACGCCGGAUCAGUCAUGUGAACACGUCAAGUGUGAAAACAGGAAUUGCAAACACACUAGGUGUAGCAAAAGGGGAAGGGCAUCUGGGGGCUGGAGUGGGAGGAGAGGAGAACACUGUGGGGCAGGGGAGGGCUCGAAGGGCCAUGUUGGGGUGGGAGGAGGGACAUGUUCCAGGGCCAUAUCUGGGGAAGGGGCAGGGGAGUGGUCUGGGGUCUGUAUCUGGGGCAGGGGGAGGGGAGCUGGGGAGCAAUCUUUGGGUUGUAUCUGGGGCAGAGGGGAGUGCUCCGGGGGCCAUACCAGGGGGUGAGCAGGUCUCAGGUCCCAGUGGGGAUCAGAGCAUAUGGGGACAGCCAGGUCCUGUGAGGAGCCCCCAGCAAGGGGAACACGCAGGGCUGAGGGCUGACUGUGCCUGGUGUGUUUCCUCAGGUAACAAAGGGGCUGUGGGCGUCUCCUUCCUUUUCAACGGAACGUCGUUUGGGUUUGUGAACUGCCACCUGGCCUCAGGGAGCGAGAAGACACACAGGCGGAACCAGAACUACAGUGACAUUCUGCGCUCUCUGGUCCUGGGUGACAGGAGACUCAGCAGCUUCGACCUCACCCUGCGCUUCACCCACCUCUUCUGGUUUGGAGACCUCAAUUACCGCCUUGAUAUGGAGGUCCAGGACAUCUUAGCUCAUGUGAACAAAAAGGAGUUUGAGGCCCUGCUGGCCGUGGACCAGCUCACCCUGGAGCGUGAGAAGAACAAGGUGUUCCUGCGAUUUAGUGAGGGAGACAUCUCCUUCCCUCCCACGUACCGAUAUGAACGGGGCUCCCGGGACAGCUAUGUCUGGCAGAAGUUCAAAACAACAGGGGUGAGAAUCAAUGUUCCCUCGUGGUGCGAUCGCAUCCUGUGGAAGUCACACCCUGAGACUCACAUGCUCUGUAACUCAUAUGGCUGCACUGAUGACAUUGUGACCAGUGACCACUCGCCUGUCUUUGCCACAUUUGAGGUGGGAGUGACGUCUCAGUUCGUGCCUAGGAAGGUUCCUGGCUCCAGCCCCGAGUCCCUGGCCUGCAUCGAGUGGGACAGCGUCGAGGUGAUUGUGAAAACAGCCAGCCGCAGCAAGUGCUACAUUGAGUUCCACUCCUACUGCCUGGAAGAGUCUCAGCGGAGUGGGGAGAACAGUUCCCAAAGCAGCGACAUCCCGGGCUUCCUCAAACUCAGCUGGUCAGCUAAACAGCUGCCAGUGCUGAGCCCGAUCCUGUCGGACCUGGAGUACCUGCUGGACCAGCACCUGCUCCUCAGCAUCAAGGGCAUGGACAGUUGUGAGUCAUAUGGUGAGUGCUGCAUUGCCAUGAGAUCUAUGGUUGGCAGCCUGGCCCAGCAGUUUGAGACUUUCCUCUUCCACCGGGGUGAAGAAACAGGCUCCAUGCGUGGCUGGAUGAAGGUCCGAGUCCCCAAGGACAGGCGGAGCACACGCGAGAGGCUCUACGAGUGGAUCAGCUUUGAGACAGACGAGACGGAGUCCGACUUCCCGACCCUCUCCAAGCCAGCUCUGCGUGCCGUCAGGAGCCGGCCCCUCAGCCUCCCGGAUGCAGCUGGCAGUUACACCAAUCCAGCCUAUUUCAUAUUUGAGGGGGUCCCCAACACCUGGGCGCAGUGUCCCAGACUGCCUGAACCUCCUUACAGUCAGGCCAGUGACAGGCAGGCUGACAGGUACCUGGACCAUUCUCCAUGCCGCAGGCUCCAGAGCCUGACAGGAGCACAAGCCUGCUCCUCCUCCAAGGAACAGCUACAGAGAAGCCCCCACUACUCUGUGCCCGAGACCAUCUCCUGUGGGCACCAGCUCAGCCCCUCCCAGAUUGGGAGGCACAAGAGGCCCAAGUCAGCCAUUCUGACGAGACACCCGCAGACGUCGGGUGACUGUUCCCUCACAGCCCUGCACAUGGCCUGGUGCCUCAGUGACGUGGACACAGAGCCCCACAAGAGAGGAAGCUGCCUGGACCCCAGCCAGCCAGAGGGCCGGAAGAACCUGCUGCGCCACACCCGCAGCGCACUGGAGCCACCACCACAGAGCUGCUGGGAGGGGGCAGGGUCCCAGCGGGACACUCGCCGACUCAACCGUGCUAGAGAGAAAUAUCACUGACCAGGACCUGCUGGACACUGGCGUGCUGAGCACCACUCAUCGGAAGCUCAUCCAAGCCAAGCUCCACGAGAGCAGCCCCAGGAGCCUGCAGCAGGGACCCAGUCUGAAACCAAACCUAUCAUGAAUCUGGCAUCCAGACUCCUCCAUGCCCUUCUAAUCUCCUCUGGGUAGCUGCCUGGUGCAGGGGGUGGAGAGCUGCUGAAGGUGUUCUGUCCCUGGGACAGGGCCAAGAUCCGGUGUCACUGGGCUAAGCCUCUGGAUUGGAAAUAUCCCCCUUGCUACCUUCCUUUGCAACCUUCACUGUCACUCUGAUAUCCUCGUGCAUAAUCUCCCCUGGCGGUGGCUGCAGAAAUGCCCUGUGCAUCUGGCUGAGGCUUUGCCAAAGGCCUGGACCCAAAAGGAUGUUUAGCCUUGUGGUGAAGCUUGCCACAACCCCAAACUGUCUAGCCGGGUUCCAUGGAGCGGUGACUGGGAAUUCAGGGGAGCCAGAACGUAGCAGGGGAGCCCCAGCAGCUACUGCGACGCCAGCACUAACUUUUCUUCCUUCCCUGUGUGAGCUUAGGGUGACCAGAUGUCCCGAUUUUAUAGGGACAGUCCUGAUAUUUGGGUCUUUUCCUCAUAUAGGCUCCUAUUACCAUCCCGAUUUUUCACACGCACUGUAGAAGGCUGUCCUGGAGGAGCUUGUGUGUGUAUGUGAUGUACGUGCACACACACUCACUCACUCUCGCUCUGCUGUGGUGCAUUUUCUUUCUGGGAGGAAACACUGGUUCCAUUUGCAAUGUU